AUGUCGUUUGGGCUUACCAACACACUAGCGGCAUUUACGGAUCUCAUGAAUAGGGUAUUUCAGCCCUAUCUGGAUAAAGUCGUAAUUGUGUUCAUUGAUAACAUACUGGUAUACUCCUCGAAUAAGAAUGAGCAUGAGGAACAUUUGAGGAUAGUAUUGGAAACUCUUAGGCAGUACCAGUUGUAUGCUAAGUUUUCCAAGUGCAAGUUCUGGCUAUCUCAAGUAGCAUUUUUGGGACACAUAAUAUUAGCUGAGGGAAUCACAGUGGAUUCGGCCAAGAUUAAGGUUGUUCAAGGGUGGAAGCAGCCAACUAAUUUAGCUAAGGUGAGAAGUUUUCUAGGGUUGCCAAGCUAUUACAGAAGAUUCAUGGAGAGAUUUUCAAAUAUAGUCGUAUGCCUGACAAGGCUUAUGCAGAAAGGAGUCAGAUACAAAUGGACUGUCGAAUGUGAGAAAAGCUUUUAA